UGCUGCUUGCCGUUUCUGUGGAGACAAUUUGACCUUUGAACAGAAGGCUGGCGUGUUUUGAACAAUAUAAAUUAGCGUGUUUUGAAUAAAUAAUACAAGUUAAAGGGCAACAGGCAAGUGUCCCUGCGUGCAGUCGGCUCAACACGCAUUCUGCUCCAGACUGCUUCCUGCAGGGGAAUUCAGGUUUCCUCGCCCUCCUCGAAAUGUUCAGCAGACCUUGUGGCGUCUCCAGAAAUCUAACUUGGCUGGACCUCACACAAGCCUGGUCUGGGCCUUUCCCUUGGAAUUUUCUCCAAUGCAAAGCCUCCUCUUCCGCUGCAGGGAAGUCUCCAAUGUUCCAGCUGACGGCCACCCCAGCCAGUGCGCUUUCUGAUGAGCCCGUGCACAUCCGAGCGACAGGCCUGCCUCCGUUGCAGCUGGUGACCCUCGCGGCAUCUCUGAAGGAUGAGAAGGGACACCUGUACCGGUCCAAAGCCUUCUACAGGGCUGACGAGGCUGGUGAGCUGGACCUGAAGCAGGCUCCUGCAGUUGGAGGCGACUAUGUGGGGGUCCAUCCCAUGGGCCUCUUCUGGUCUAUGAAGCCUGACAGGCCUUUUGGGAGGCUGCUUAAGAGGGAUGUGAACAGCCCCUUUUUGGUCACUCUGGACUUAUACGACUCAGUUUGCUCCCAGGAUUCAGCCACGGCUCAGCCCCGGGCCAGCCAGGUGGUGCAGCGCUGGUUCAGCAGCCCCGGGACGCAGCGGGUGCCCAUCCGAGAAGGCCGCGUGCGGGGAGCUCUUUUUCUCCCUCCAGGGGAAGGCCCUUUCCCAGGAAUCUUGGAUUUGUUUGGGGGCAUAGGGGGUCUAAUUGAAUUCCGAGCCAGCCUGCUGGCUGCCCAUGGCUUUGCAGUCCUGGCAUUAGCAUUCUUUGCCUAUGAAGACCUGCCCAAGCUCAUGCAGGAGGUGGACCUGGAAUAUUUUGAGGAAGCUGCCAACUUGCUACUAGCUCAUCCCAAGAUCCGAGGGCCAGGCAUCGGAGUGCUUUCCGUGAGCAAAGGUGCAGAGAUUGGGCUGGCCAUGGCCUGCUUCCUGAAGCAGGUGGUCGCCACCGUCUGCAUCAAUGGGCCUACUGCCCUCUAUGACUUUCCGUUCAGGUACAGGGGUCUGGUUAUGUCACCCAUUCCCUCGUUUCUGGAGCGUAUGCAGGUGCACGUCUCAGGGGCUGUGAGCCUCCUCCGCUACAGGGGGGACCCCAGGGAGAAGCUGAAUCAGCGGAGCGUGUUUCCUAUUGAAAAGGCCCAGGGUCAGAUCCUCUUCAUUAUAGGAGAGGAUGACCAAUCGGUCAAUAGCAAAGAAUAUGCUAAGCAGGCCCUGGAGCAGCUGAAGAGCCAUGGGAGAAGCAAUGGAAGGAUGCUGCUCUACCCAGGGGCAGGCCACCUUCUAGAGCCGCCCUAUGCACCCCUGUGCUAUGCAUCCCGUGUUUACCCCGUUUCUGCUCCCCUUAAUAACCCCAUUGCCGGUUCCUAUAAUUUCCCCUUUUCUCAACCCCUGCUCUGGGGAGGGGACCCCGCUGCGCAUGCUGCAGCCCAGGAGCACGCCUGGGGAGAGAUCCAGAAAUUCUUCAGGCAACACCUCACUCAAACCAGAAGCCAGCUCUGAGCAAGCGCUGAGGCUGAGAUGGAGGAGGAUAAGGCAGGGAUGUGGUGAGGAGAGGGGCCCUUCUGAUUUCUCUAUAUUCACAAUCAUCUUGAAUGAACUGCAAGAAAAUGGGACGAAAUCAAAGGACUGGGGCAGGGGUGGGCAAACUUUUUGACUCGAGGGCCACAAUGGGUUCUUAAACUGGACCGGAGGGCCGGAACAAAAGCAUGGAUGGAGUGUUUGUGUGA